AUGAAAUCUGUGCAAGUCCCUGGCCCCUGCCCAGACCCUGCCCAGACCCCGCCCAGACCCAGCCCAGACCCAGCCCAGACCCCGCCCAGACCCAGCCCAGACCCAGCCCAGACCCCGCCCAUACCCAGCCCAGACCCCGCCCAGACCCCGCCCAGACCCAGCCCAGACCCUGCAGUGUUAGACAAACUUCCUGUGAAAAUAAUGAGCAUGUCGAAUGGGAAAAUCCAGAUGCCCUGUGAGAAGGACCGGAGCAUGUGUCUGUAA